AUGGGAUACAUAAAUCUGCUCGAACUAAAGCUUUUGUUAAAUAUAUCAUUAGUCGUGCUGCUGGUAAACGGACAUGGCACUCAGACGGAAGCACAGCCGGAGUUUUUGGCACCGCUGGACAAUCUUACGGUGACGCAGGGCCGUGACGUUUCGUUCACUUGCGUCGUUAAUAAUCUUGGACAAUAUAGGGUUGCUUGGAUAAAAUCCGAUUCGAAGGCAAUACUGGCGAUCCACACGCACAUGGUUGCGCUAAACCCGCGCCUAUCCGUCACCCACAACGGGCACAACACGUGGAAGCUGCACAUAUCGCACGUGCAGCUGAACGACUCCGGCAGCUACAUGUGUCAGGUGAACACGGACCCAAUGCGGCAUCAGUCGGGCAACCUGGACGUCGUCGUGCCGCCGGACAUACUGAACGAAAACGAACCCAACACGCUCGAGGGUGGUGUGGCGAACGAGGGCGGCAACGUGCAGCUGGUGUGCCAAGCGACCGGCGUACCAGAACCGGCCGUACAGUGGAGACGCGAGAAUGGCAAGGACAUCGUCGUACGAACGGAGGGCCGAGAAAAGCAAGUCGUAAAGUUUGUUGAGGGCGAACGGCUCGUCCUGAAUCAGGUGCAACGGACCGACAUGGGCGGGUAUCUGUGCAUAGCGUCGAACGGUGUACCACCCUCCGUCAGCAAACGGUUCGAUGUGCAAGUAAACUUUCCACCAAAUGUGAAGGCAGGAAAUCAACUAGUAGCAGCACCGGUGGAAAGCCAUGUCCUGUUGCAGUGCAUCGUGGAGGCAUUUCCAACCCCACUAAACGGUUGGCACAAGCACGAUGGCAUGAAGCUUUACGAAGGUGAAAAAUACACAAUCAGCGAGGAAAAGCUCAACGCCUACACCUGGCAGCUAAACUUGACCGUGAAAAAUCUCCACAAGGGUGACUUUGGACCGUACAUUUGCUCAAGCAUCAAUGCGUUGGGAAAAUCGGACGCUAGGAUACGUUUGCAGGAACUACACCUACCUCCGAAACCUACCACAACACCAACGCCUUACGUACCGUCAACAGUGAAGCAACCGCGUCGGAAGCAGCACUACUCGACGCACGGUAAGGGCCAUGAGGCGGGCAAGGGCGCCAACACCUUCAACCGGGAUACGUACAUCAUCAACCACAUACAGGAGAACGAUUAUCUCGGCAGCUUGAUAGUGCACGAAGGUAACGGCGGACAUGGGCUGGUAGGUAUGAACGGUGCGACAAUGGGUACCGGCAAUGGGUUGGGCGGUCCGGGCGGUACCAACGGUGGGUUGGAGAAGCCACGCAACACGCAAAUGCCGGCACCGAUCCCAUCGCGCCAACCGCACUGGAUACUGAACAACAAAUCCCGCGCGAUGGACAUCUUCAGCCACAGGCGCACGGUCGCGUUCGUUAGUUGUUGUUUGCUAAUGAUUUAUAGUCUGUUGAUGCUGCUGACGUUUACAUGA